AGGUUUGUGUCUCUCCAGCAGGGGGAUGGGAGCUGGUGAUGUCAUGUCAUUAGCAUAUUUCUGACUAUAUCUGAUGCUUGCGCAAAGACGCGCCACUACUGCUGCAACGCACUGACCAGAGACCUUCCAGCCGUCAGCCGACACUUCGAUCUGCAACAAUGAGCGACAAGCCCGACAUCUCAGAGGUGACCAGCUUCGACAGGUCCAAGCUGAAGAAGACAGAGACGCAGGAGAAGAAUCCCCUGCCCACAAAAGAAACCAUCGAACAGGAGAAGGCGGACACGUCGUGAAGCCCUUCCCUCCCGUCAUGCACUGUACACCCCCCCCUCCUCCCGCAUUGCCUUGUUUUCAGUCACUUCUUUUAGCUGUAUAACCUUGUAACCGAAAAUAUGAAACGACAACAAUAGCCAAGCUGCACAGCCUGCGGACGGACGACGCCUUCGUCAGGGCAGUCGGCCCCCGUCCCCUCAACAAACGCCACCUUAACCACCUUCAUGCUCAUCGUUCUGUCAGGGGGGAUGAAUUUGUCUGGGGUGGGGGGGUAUUGCAGAAGGUGCACGUCUCUUCUUCAACCUUUAACCACCAACAUCUAUGUGCAGCAGAGAUGGGACGAGGGUGUGGCCCGCGUCCCAGGAAGCUCGUCAUCGCCUCACCACCGACACCCAACUUCCUGUGUGGCUGCUUUUGCGCCAAAGCUGAGGCGUCAAGCUUUUUUUUAUUGUUUUUUUCGUCUUCUAAUUUUCGGAAAAUGCACAACUUUGUUUGUACGCUGGCCAAAAUGUAAAUGCCCCAAAAAUUGAUACUCUUGUCUGUCACAUUGUUUUUUUUUCUUUUGUAUGUACACAAGGAUAAAAAAGGAUUCCAUCAAGAUGUGGGAGAUGCUCAAAUGGACCUUAUUUACGGUUAAAUUGUAACGAGUGAUUCGGGAUAGCUUUUGUGUCGCAAUCUGUCUUUGAAUGAUCUCAAAUGAGGAAAAGGAAAAAAAAAUACUGGUAAUCGAUUCCAUGUGUUUGCUUUCAACCGUAGAUCAAAAAUUCUUUGGAUUUCCAGCGGUCAUGUCACUCUGCCACAAACCAUUACGAGAAAUGGAAAACCGUGAAAUGUUGUAAUAAAAAAGAAUUUGUUACUAAA